AUAAUUUCAGUGCUUAGCAAAAAACGCCAGCAGCGAAGUCCGUAUGUUGUAGAAAAAUUUCUUUACUGUUUGCCGACGAUUCUCUACCGGGUGGAAUUUGAACGGAAAAAGGAAUGUAGAGUGUGUGUAAUUAUUGUGUCAUAAGAAGAAAAGUGUUAAGUGUAUUAUUGUGUCCAAAAAAGCGUUUGCAAAAUAUUGACUCGUUUUUCUUUUACGCUCCGAGCUGAGAAAAAAGUGUUCAUUGUGAUUAAAGUGCAAAAUAUAGUGAUCAAUCGCUGUUAGUGAAGAAAAUUUGCUCAGUAGAGUGUCAAGGAAAAGCGACAAGUUUCAGCAGGAUGAUACACGGCCAUCCUCCCCAGCCACCGCAGCCAGCUCCUCAUCAUAUGGCUCAUCCGCAAAUGCAGCCACCGCCACCACCGCAUCAGGCACCGCCGCCACCGCAUAUGCCUCAUCUGACGAACGUUCCACCGCCGAAUGUUCCGCUUCCGGCCGCUAUGCCGCAGCCGCCCAGGGAUCAUCCCGGACCAAGGAUUAGUAACCGGCAUCAUCAUUACCAUCGUGUCCCGGCUGGCAAUGAACAUCAUCAUUCGAUGCCGGCUCCACCGCACAUGCCGAUCCAACAGCAGCAGCAGCAGCAGCAACCACAGCACGGCUCCAGGAAACCUUCCGCACAGCACUAUGGCAGCGGUGGUGCGUCCUCGAAAGCGAUGGGUCAUCCCCCGAAGCCGCUACCGUACGGCACCAGCAACAACAGCAGCCAUCAUCAGCAUUCACAUCAUCAGCAUCACCAGCACACCAACCAUCACAGUCAUCAUGGCCAUCUUAAUCAUCAUGGUACCGGUGCGAUUCCGGUGGUGUCGGCGGCUGGUCCAGGGGGAUCCAAAACACGCAUGAUUCCAGCCCAUGAACCUAAAAUCAAUCACAGUCACAGCAACGCAGUUCCUCAAAACAACACAUCGAAUGCAAUAGUGGUUCAUCAGUCUGACCCCGUUCAGCUAUCCGGAGGAAUACCCUCCUCUGCCACUCCUAUUCUAACAAAAGACAAUAGUAGCAACGCCGCCGUUAGCAGUAUUCAGACUAACAGUGCCAGUGGUACUGGCACUGGACUAGUUGUCGUUAGCAGUGGUGGUGGCGGCGGAGGGGGAGGAGCUGGAACAGGAGGAGGAGGAGGAGGAGGUGGUCCCAUUAUAGGCGGACCAACUACCUCCGUGGUAGCUAACGUGGUCUGCACAUCCGAUGGCAACCUGAAUGAUUCAACCUCACAGUCACAGCUGCAGCAAACCUCCCAAUUGCUGUCGUCUGUGCCAGAAACCUUGGCAAACACUAAAGAGAAAACCCCAAUGUGUUUAGUUAAUGAAUUAGCACGGUAUAACAAAAUUCAGCACCAGUAUCGGCUGACCGGGGAGUCGGGCCCGGCGCAUAAGAAACAAUUCACCGUCACGCUCAAGCUGGGCGAUGAAGAGUACACUGCGGAAGGCCCGAGCAUCAAAAAGGCACAGCACAGUGCGGCCGAUGAAGCAAUCGGUGCCACCAAAUACAAACAUCCGCCGGUUAAAAUUAUUCGCAUCAGAUCUGGUGGCAAAACGAACAACAGUAACAUUACGCCGACGGUGGAGCUGAACGCUUUGGCAAUGAAACGAGGCGAACCGACCGUGUACGAAACGGAACAGGUUCUCACAACUAUACCCCCUAAAUACGGUACUAGUAAUCGCCCUCCACCACCUAAUCACAAUUCACAAGCGACCGCGGGUGGGGGUGGUGGUGGUGGUGUUGGUGGUGGUAGUGUUGCUGGUGGGCCUAACUUUUUCUCAGUUCCUCCGCCAGCAACUCAUUACGGAGGUUAUCAUAGAAACAAUCAAAUGUUCAAUAAUCCUCCGCCAAAUGGGUUACGAUAUGGUGCUCCACCGCAUAGACGCAACCCGAUUGGCAGCAAAACGGAUUACCCGCGCGGAUACUACUAUAACCACCACAUGCCAGCAAUGACCGUGCCAGAAGUGUAUAAAGUUACUCUACACGUGGGAGAGCGAAAAUUUUUGGGCGAAGGACACACGCUUCAAGCAGCAAGACACGAUGCGGCCGCACGUGCCCUUGAAGUAUUGAAGCCGAUCACUCCCGACACGACCAGUGCUCCACCCGAAUACCACGAUACUUCGAUCGACAGCGAUGACCCUAACUCGGAGCUUAAGUCUCCGAUCUCGCUUGUACACGAGAUGGCCCUAAAGCGCAAACUCACUGUCCAAUUUGAGAUUUAUAACGAAAAAGGUCCUCCACAUAUGAAAGUUUUCACGACACGUUGUUGGGUGGGUAACAUUGUGACGGAAGGUGAAGGGAACGGCAAAAAACUGUCUAAGAAACGAGCGGCGGAAAAGAUGUUGGAUGAGCUGAAGAAGCUUCCACCGCCUUCACCGGAAAAGAGCACCCGUGCAAUGCUGAAACAGAAGCGCAAAGUUACGCUACCGAAGAAGAAAACGCGUAAUCUCAUAAAGGAAAAGGCGGAUGAAGAUCCCACGGACAUGAUGAAUCCCAUCAGCCGACUGAUGCAGAUUCAGCAGGCGCGCAAGGAAAAGGAACCGAACUAUGUGCUGGUAGAGGAACGCGGUGUCGCUCGACGGCGUGAGUUUGUCAUGGAAGUGACCGCUAGCGGUCAUAGCACUACCGGCAUUGGGCCAACGAAAAAGUUAGCCAAAAAAGUGGCAGCCGACAAUCUGCUGGUGAUGCUCGGCUGUGGCCGAACUACGGUGGUAAACACGUCGACGUCCCCCAACAAGGAAAACAUGUCCGGCAGUGCUAACGAGAUAGGGGAAAAAUUCCCCCGGAAGGUAACGUUUAUCGAAGCUGCGGCCAGCGCGCCGCCGCCGACUGGAAAACCGGCAGGAGGCAGCGGUGGACGGCAGAUCGUGCCGGGAGUGCUGCAGUUGAAUUCCGGAAUAUCAAGCAAAACUCAUUCCAAUGUUCCAGUCAAGGAGUAUCCACAGGAAAGUAAUACCAGUGUCGAUGUGGAUGUUUCAUAUGCGGAUGGUUCGUCUAAGUCGUCAGCCGGAACCGGUUCUAGUACAAUGAAUGGCACCCCUAGUGGUGCUUUGGCAGCUAGUUCAACGUCGUGUUCGAACCCGGACGUCGGUCGAAAGAAGGAACAGCUCAUGUAUUUGGCUCAACUGUUAAAGUUUGAAGUAACAUUCUCGGACUUCCCGAAGGGUAACCACGGCGAGUUUCUCACGCUGGUAACGCUGUCUACCGAACCGCCCCAGCUGUGCCAUGGUAGUGGCGCCAGUCUGGAGGAAUCGCACGACGAAGCCGCCCGGGGAGCGCUGGAAAUUCUCAGCAAAAUCGGGCUCGAUAACGUGAAGCCCAAAGGCAGUGGAAUGGCCGCCCCACCCGGAAGAGACGAAAGUAAGUCGAAAUCUGCGUUGAGCAAUGGGUUGCAAAAGUAGAGAGUGUAAAAGCUCUUGAUGAUAAUUGAUGGUCCAGCACCGGGGAGGGAACACAUAAUCUGCGUACGUACUUAUUUGUGAAGUAUUGAGUUGAGUAAUUAAGGUUUUUUGUUGAUGUAAUGUGCCUAGAAAGCUGCGCGGGCAUGUUUUACAUCGUGACGUUUUUUGGAUUUUUUUUUUUUGGUUUUCCACCAAAUAUUUUGUUGUUGCUGAAAUUUAUGUCUGGCGUUAAGAAACUAUGCUUUACACAAAAGCAAAUUUAAUUAGCGUCAAAAAAAGUUGGGAAUGCAUUUAUCUCGAAGUGCCGACGGAGCCAUACUUUGUUCGAUUAUUUUGUGUCGUACUAUCUAAGAAAUACAACAUUUCAAAUGCUAAAACAUUAACUAAACAUAUUGAAAACAGAAGUAAUCAUAUGAAAAAUGCUAACAAAAACAGGGCCAUCGGAUGCAAAACAACUGUUGUAAUAGAAACCGGCUAGAAAAGCUCGUAGACGAUUUUUAUUAAACCGAUGUGUGUCCGAUCUGGCCCCCAACAUGAUGAAGCAAAGCGUUCGUCACUAGUGAAUUGAAAAAAAAAUUGAUUACCAUUUACCUAAGCGAUAAAGUAUUAUUACUCGAUGAAACAAAGUGAAGAAGCAACAAAAUCUUGAAGGUUCUUAAUCAUAUGGAAUCGAUUUACGCUAGCAAGCGAUAUACGAAGCAGGCAGAGUCUAAUCGAAUAGUAGCCACAUAAUCUUCAACCGGAAACUACCGGGUAACAAUGGGUAGUAAGUUCUAGGCGGUAAUCUUGAUCGCUGACUGACCAGAAUGUCGAAGUCGAAACACGCGAAAAGUCGAAGAAGAAAGAAAAAACAAGAGAAGGGAAAUUUGGCGAGUCCAGUCAGUCAGUCAGUCAGUCAGCCGAUUGACUAAAGACGUUUUAUACGCUAUUAUUUUAAUCGUAGUUUGUGUAUUGUUUAAAAACCUUCAUAAUCAACCGUGUUAGUAGAGAACACUAAGAAGAAGAAGAAGAAGAAGCGCAAACGCCGCCAUCGUUGGCGUUUGGUAUCGCUCGUACAAUAAACUCUCGAAGCUGUGCUGCGCAUGGGGGAUCGCAUUAGGGUGAUGCACUGGAGCUGUGGUACUAGAAAAAAUACAAAUUCUAUAAAAAAAAGGUAGAAUGUACUUUCCUCUUCGGUUGUGUUCUUUUUUGGUCCGAUUUAGGUUGUUCAUGACAGUCAUUCAGUCAGAUUGAGUCAUGGAUUAUUCGAUAUUCUGUACUGAUUGUGCAUUUAAAAAUGGUUUGUGGCAUGCAGGAGGGAGUUUAGCGCAAGAAGCGUAGGAAGGCAAAGAAAUGGCAUUUCCCAAAUACUUUGCUUUACGUAGCAUAAAACAAAUAAACCAUGACCAAUAAAACUGUUACACGCUGGACGACGCACAUGUUUAGAGACCAAUAUCAGCUUUUAUUAUAGAUUGCAACCUUAUUAUUAGGUACAAAUUCUUUCUAGAUGGUAUCUAUAAUGACUAGUUGUAGUCGCAUAAUAUUUAAACUGUAUUGGUGAUUUUUGUUCUGAAGUUCUAAAAAACAAAACAAAUCUACAAUGCAGAAGCUGGUAGAGUUUUUGCAAUCGUGACUCGUGACAUAUGAGUUUUGAGAUAUCUUGAAAUAUGCUAAGCGUGAAAUCACAGUAACCUGGGAAUGAAAAUUUGUUACUAUUAUUUACAAAUGCUCUUUGAACUGUCAUUUUACUAUCUACUUCACACCGAGUCUUAAAACAACAUUUCGAAUUGAACUUUCUGGGCAUUUUAACUUGGUUUCUUUGGUUUCAAAUUGAAAAUAAUUCGGAGUUUUGUAUUACUCUCCCAUUUGUUCUAUCUAUAUGCCGGUUCAAUCUUGGAACAUCCAACGUAGGUAGUCUUGAAACCAUAUGUGUACUGACUGCAAUGUUGUGUGUGGAGACAAAUUCACACUGGAUGUUUUGGGGUGAAACAAGCAGAAAAGAUAUUUCAAAUUUAUUAUUAUGAUUUUGACUAUCUACCAAGCUAGAUCUAGUACUACACUCCUUAAAAAGAUAUAACUCUUUGCAGAAAUAACAGCUAUCGGGAUUUUACUGUAUUCUUUAUCGUAUCAGGUGCACUCCGGGAGGUGUGUAUAAGCAGUUAUUUUUCGUAUAUUUUCCAAAACGAGGGAUUCUUCAUCUAGCAUAAAUCUGCGGCCUACACACCACCCGGCGCUACGCCUUUUCCAUACAUAUUUAAUCGUUGGUAAAUUUAAGUGUGUUUCUACUAGUAUAUAUCUUUAAGAAAUAAUGUAUUUUUUCAGUACUAUUAUUCCUAUCCAUUUUGUCCGAUUCACAUACACACACAGCGGUUCAUAGAAGACAUUUUCGAUUUUUUUCCUGAAUACACAUAGCCACAUACUGGAACCAUUCGUUUCCGAACAAGAUAGUUUUCAUCGUUACAUACACACACACAUGCAGUACUAAUAACAAUAGUUAAAUAUCAAGAUAGCAUUUCAACUAAUCCUUUCAUCCCAAUACGCGACAAACACCCCAUUUUACACGCAUAGCCCUGCGAAGACAAAAAAAUACAUUCUUUCCGCGAUAUUCAAUACGUUAAACAACUAAAACAACAUCGAACAAGCAUACUAAACUAACAAAAAAAAAAGAAACGAAACAAGCAGAAACACAUUUCAUUUUUCAAAAAAAAAACCCUUAUCAUAAAACUCAAGUUAGGCACAUGGUAAUUGAUGAUAAAAACGAAACGAAAAAUGCAAAGUAUUAUAAAGUAUCAAAAAAGAAAAAAAAAUGUUUUGGGAUCAUCGACCAAAAGUUCGAAUGCAAACAAUGCCACUGUUCACCUAUUUUUCGGGAAGUUAGUGUGUCCCGUACCUGCCUACUACCCACACAGCUAGAGCUCGAACUUUUGUGUCUAUAAUAUAUGUUAUCAACAAUCCGCGCGCGCGUUCACGUUCAGGACAAAAACAAAAAAAAAAAAAAACAGAGAAACAAAGAUGCUAUUUAAAUUUUGCGUUGAUCCCAAAAUUACUUACCAUGCUGCUGUUCGUCCUUCUCAGCGAACGCAGAAGUUCAGACAGCAGCACGGGACAAACUCUCAUAUCCCCCCUGUGUUAUAAAAAACAUUCGACGAUUGUAUGAUACUAGUAGGACAUCUGUGCGCUUUCGGAUGAUGCUAAAUAUUUAUUUUCGGCUUGUUUGUAGAUCGAAAUUUGUUAUCUGUUUUGUUUAUCGUUGAAAAAAAAUCGUUGGAAAAUGCAAAAUUGUCGAAUGCUUUUUAUAAACCCCCCGCCCCUCCUCCAAACAAACAAAGGUAGAAAAGUUGUUUGCUGUUCAGGACAACACCGUUUGUUCCCUCUAUUUACAUUGAGAAGGUAAAGAAACUCCUUGGUUUAUUCAACAUACACAUAUGUUAUCUUGUUUAGAAUGCACCAAUGCAAAAAAGCGGAAAGCGAAAACUUUAAUCAAAUUAAAUUUGUCCUCUGAGUAAUAAAACAAUGGAACAAUAAUAAUGUCAGAUGGUGGCG